CAACUAUAAAACCCGGCAAUUAGCAUGUGAUUAAGCGAUUAAUUAGUUAUUAAGCAGCCAAGACAUAUAAUUAAGUAAAUUAAAGAAAAAGAGCUACUAAUCAUAAAAGGAAGAUUUAUAUGAUGCAGCAGAUCUUCGUCAAAACCUUAAAUGGGAAGACUUUAACUCUUCAAAUACAGGGCAGAAGCGACACCAUUGACAAUGUGAAGGCCAAGAUCUUACACUAUGAAGGAAUUCCACCUGAGCAGCAACGAUUGAUCUUUGCUGGAAAGCAACUUGAAGACGGAAGAACCUUGGCCGACUACAACAUCGAAAAAGAAGCCACACUUCAUCUUGUGCUGAGACUUAGGGGCGGCGGCAGAGGCAUGAGGAGUUUCAUAGUCAAAGUGAAUCCAUCACUAAUGAGAUUGGCUUACAAAUACAUUCAGGACAAGUUGAUUUGCUGCAAGUGUUACGCUCGUCUGCACCCUAGAGCCACGAACUGCCGGAAGAAGAAAUGUGGUCAUAGCAGCCAGUUAAGGCCUAAGAAGUAAUGGCAUGUCCGAGUACACCAAAAGCUUGGUUUAGGAUUGGGAGUAUAAAUAAAUUAGUUGAUUUAUAAUACACUUUACUGUCCUGCUUCUCUUUGUCCCUGCCCUGGUUGUAUUGUCUCGUUCAAUUCC